AUGCCUCCUUCCCCUGCUUUGCAAGCAAUUUCUGAAUCUGCUGUUCAAAGUCAUGAAGCAGAUGAAAAGUAUGGUGAUGCCAUGAACUGGGAUGAACUUGAAUUUGCAGUAAUUCCAACAGAUUACAUGUUCAUUAUGAAAUGUUCCAAUGGGGAUAACUUUUCACAAGGCCACCUCGCUCCCUACGGGAAAAUUGAGCUCAGCCCAUUUUCUGGAAUCUUGAAUUAUGGACAGGGAGUAUUAGAAGGUCUUAAAGCGAUCAGGACCAAAGACGGUUGUGUUCAGCUGUUCCGGCCUGAAGAGAAUGCUCUAAGAAUGAAGAUGAGUGCAGAAAGAUUGUGUAUGCCAUCUCCAUCUACUCACCAAUUCCUCGAUGCUUUAAAGCAAACUGUCCUUGCCAACAAGCGUUGGGUACCACCUGAAGGGAAAGGAGCAUUGUAUAUUAGGCCAUUGCUCAUUGGAAGUGGCCCUGUUCUUGGCCUCGGGCCAGCACCAGAAUACACAUUCCUAAUAUUUGCUACUCCAGUCGGUAAUUAUCACAAAGAUAAUGUGAUUUUAACUCCACGUACCAGUGGAACUGUUCUUCCAGGGGUCACAAGAAAAAGCAUCACAGAAAUUGCUCGUGAUCUGAAUUACCUGGUGGAGGAACGUGAUGUUCCACUAGAGGAUGUGUUGGCUGCCGAUGAAGUUUUCUGUACAGGGACUGCAGUGGAAGUCACUGCUGUUGCUAGUAUAACACAUCAAGAUAAAAGGAUCAAAUACAGAACAGGGGAAGAAACUGUGUUCCACAAACUGCGUGUAGUGCUUAAAGGGAUUCAAACAGGUGUGAUUGAGGACAAGAUGGGCUGGACCAUGCUCAUUGAUUGA